AUGCUGGGAACCCACGACCAGCUGGCAGACCAGUUCUGUAACGCCAUCGGCGUGCUGCAGCAGUGUGGGCCCCCGGCCUCCUUCAGCAACAUCCAGACGGCCAUCAACAAAGACCAGCCUGCCAACCCAACGGAAGAGUACGCCCAACUGUUUGCAGCAUUGAUUGCACGAACUGCCAAAGAUAUUGAUGUUUUAAUAGAUUCUCUGCCUAGUGAAGAAUCAACAGCAGCUUUGCAGGCUGCUAGUCUGUAUCGAUUAGAAGAAGAAAAUCACGAAGCGGCUGCCCGUCUGGAAGAGGUAGUUUACCGCGGGGAUAUGCUGCUGGAGAAGAUCCAGAGCGCCCUGGCCGACAUCGCCCAGUCUCAGCUGAAGACCCGGAGCGGUUCGCACAGCCAGCCCCUGCCGGAGCCUUAG